AUGUAUAAACAAGAUAAAGUGGCUUUAAAAUUGCUGGCGAAGGUAACUGGUUUUGUGCAAAACACAUUUGACGAUGGACGUGAUGGAUUUCUGGAUUUAGCUGAGCUGAAAAGAAUGAUGGAGGUGUUGGGAGCACCUCAAACUCAUCUGGGACUUAAAGCGAUGAUCAAAGAAGUUGAUGAAGACGAUGAUGGUCGUAUUUCUUUCCGCGAAUUUUUACUGAUCUAUCGCAAAGCACGUGCCGGAGAAUUGGAACAAGAUUCCGGACUUGGUCAAUUAGCUCGACUUACUGAAGUAAAUGUCGAUGAAGUCGGAGUAACUGGUGCUAAAAAUUUCUUCGAAGCAAAGAUCGAGGAAUUGCGAAAGUCAAGCAAGUUCGAAAACGAAAUACGAAUGGAGCAAGAGGAAAGAAAACGCGAAGAAGAAGAUAAAGCAAUGAGACGUGCGCAAUUUCGUCAGAAGGCUGCUAUUUUUAAUAACUAA